AUGCCCUCCGGGCCUCAAGACUCAGCUGGCUCUUGUAAGCCAACUGUAUGUACUACUGAUGAUGAUGCUCUGUCUACGCUGGCUUCAAACUGGCUCGAGACGUGUACGAGGAAGCAUGAGCUCUGUCGGCCAGUUGACCCAGGUUUUCAGCCUACCAGAUUGAUUCAGAUCCUCAAUGCCGACCAGGUGAGGCUUAUUCUGCCUGCUGAGGAGCCCUCGGGUCCCUACGUUGCCUUCUCCCAUUGCUGGGGAGGUGUCCAAGCCGUAAAACUCCUUCGUGGCGACAUAGGUCGCUUCCGCACCGGACUGCGGGUAAAGGAACUUCCUGAAAGCUACCAGGAAGCUAUAUCUAUAUGCAUCCGCAUGAAUCUCCAUUUUAUAUGGAUAGAUUCCCUAUGCAUCAUUCAAGACUCUCAUGAGGACUGGAAGCGCGAAGCUCUGACUAUGAAGCUUGUUUAUGGAAAUUCAUUGUUAAACCUCUGUGCAGCAGCUGGGUCUAACUCGGGAGAAAGGAGCACGUCUUCUAGACAACCUGAUCUGGUCAAACCCUUUGAGAUUACAUCAUCCUGGGCAAAUCAAGAUCCCCAGAGCGUCUUUGUUAUUUUCGGCGACCUAUUCUACGACGACGUGUUGCAAUCUCCUCUGCAUACCCGGGCAUGGGUAUAUCAGGAAUACUACCUCUCAAAGCGAUCUCUUGUACUUGGUCGUAGCCAACUGUGGUGGCACUGCCGCGAGAAGCUGGCUUGCGAGGGUUGCUCGAAUGGGCUGCCAGAUGAGCUUUUAACAUCGACGGAUAGCGCGUGGAGCCUGGCAGCGACGUUGAAAGAUGAUCUUCAUCGGGUCAAGGUCAUUUCUCGAUUUCGCUCUGCCGAGGCCUGGCAAGAUCGAGUCCAGAAGUACACUCAAAUGUUCUUGACCAAGGAGACAGAUCGAAUCAUUGCUUUUUCUGGCAUUGUGGAAGCAUUUGGCGAGUCGCACAAUGUGGCCGAUCAAUACCUGGCUGGCCUCUGGCGUUGUUAUCUCCCAUAUGGGCUACGCUGGAUUGUUGGUAGAGAUGCAAUCAUGCGCCGAGGAAGUGUUUACAGGACACCCUCUUGGAGCUGGAUCUCACUCGGCGGUCACUUCGCAAUGGGAGGUGGCGUUAGUGAGACAUUGCUCUCCUCGCUGGAAAGGAUCUGGCCCCAUUAUGACGAGCAAGAUAAGGGCAUCAUGGCCUUGUCAAAAGGUGGCGCGAUCGAGGUCCGCGGCCAUCUCAUGGGUCCCAGAAAGGUGGGCGGACAAGGCGAGCCGAGCUACUUCGAGGCUUCAUUCUUAUUCAGCCAAUACUUGCGCAGAAAUAUGCAGAGCACACCGCAACCACGGUCUCGGGUCAGUUGGGAUGAACAUGAGGCCCUCGGCGAGCCACUGGUAUCCUAUCUUGAUGGCCUAAACCUGGCAUCCCGUGGCAAAGCGCUUAUAGAUGGAGCACACAGAGAACAAAUGCGUUUGAGAGACGCUCCGGGCUCCUUCUUCUAUCUACCACUAGAGACGGACGGUGAAACUGGGUUCCUAGAGGGUAUAGUAUUAUACCAACCUCCUCAUCAACCCGGCAUCUUCCAUCGAGUAGGUGAAUGGUCGGCGAGGGAAUGUAUUGACGGGUCUCCCGCCGGUGAUCUUGCGACCAAGUACCCGGAGCAAACUGUGUAUAUCAUCUAG